AUGGCACCACCACCUGCCACUGUCACCGUAGAUGACCCCGAGAUACGACAAACGAAGAACUGCAGCAGCUGUCACUCACCGAUGGGACCUCUCUGUGUUCACCAGGGCACGAACACGCCCGGGAAUAGAGGGUCUAUCACUCAAACAUGCAAAAACCUGCAAUGCAGCCAUACCGUCAUUCACACUCCCCGAUACGUUAUGGCGGAUGCCGAUGCACUCAUCUAUCGGAUUCACGCCCGCGCAGGAGGUCAACUCAUCCCGCCACAGUAUAACCGGCCUCUUCGUCGCGCUCCAGUCAUCCCAAAGCCGCCCGUGGUGAAUAGGAGAAUGGCCUGUAACAAUCCAGAGUGCCGAUCUCCAGGCUCGCAGACGUGUAUCGAAUUCCUCUGCAAAAAAUGUUGUAUUGCCGCCUCCAGUAACCCAACGACCUCCAUUCGUGACCCUUGCGCCAACCACAAGACCCCAGCCAUCAUCGAUACUCCGGCGGCGGUUCCAGCGCAAUUAACUGUGCCAGCGAAACCCCCCGUUGCGGCAACGACACAUGGAAAGAAGAAGAAGAAGAUGGGUGGUGGUGCGACUGUCUUUGAGCCGGUCAAUAUGCGAGACAAUCUUGCGCAACCAAUCGGCGAGUUAUGGCGCGGUCCAGUGGCGUCGCAGGAGAUCGCUACAACACACAACGCAAAGGCCUUGAAGCUACAGCUAGAGGAAGCAGAGAAAAUGAAAGUGCGAAUCUCGAUAUACUACAAGAAGCGAACGCAGGCCCUGGCCUUCUGGCUGUCCAUUCCUACAUACCCACAUUGUACCCUCUCGCAAAUUCCAGGCCUCAUCGAUGAUCUUGGGCUGAAGGAUGGUCGCCGCGUCGAAAUCUGGGACUACAAUGAGUCCGCCUGGACGUCGAUGUCAGUCUCUGCUGGCUUUGUGGUGGAUCGCUCCCGCCGUACAAUAAUUCGGCUUCCAGAAACUCUGUUGGAUGUUUGGUCCAACGAUGACUGCCCCGCUAUCGAUGAGAAUCGUGUUCCAGUCAAUCCGCCUUUCAAGCGAGCUGCUCCAUCUCCAGCAAAUAGCCCAAGGUCCAAAGUGCCACGAAUGGAAGCGGUCAACACCGACGCAGCCUCCGAGAGUCAUGCAAUGGUAUUGGACGAAACAACACCCCAUCUCGAUACUCCGCCAACGGCAAAUCCAGCUCCCGCAUCCGGCCCUUCGUCGGCAGCACCUAUCGACGAAGAGAGCCGCCUCUAUUCGUCAUAUUCUGCUUGGGAGUGGAAUGACAAGUGGAAUCGGGUGCGGCAGUUGCGCGACUCGGGCGAUCCAGCAUUCAAGUACAUCAACCAGGCAUUUCAGCAUGUCUUCGGUCGAAAACACCGGCGGCAAACACUCCGGCCCUACGAGAAGGGUUGGGAUAGUGCGCCAGACCAACUCAGGCGACAGUAUAUCUCUCUCGGUGACGUUCCUGAAGCCUCGCUUGGCCGGCUUCUCAAGGGAAUCACGGUUCCGAGCUCCAUCCUCGCUCCCACAGUUCAUACCCCAACUCCAAUCGUGCCGAAUCCUACCCCUCCACACCAACCUCCGGUGUCUCGUGCACAAUCACUCGACAGCGAGCAGUUAGACCUUGCCUUCGAUUCCGCGGGAAGCCUCGAUCUCGAACAGCAACAGCAGACAAAUGGUGGAUUACUAGUCGAGUUGUUUGGGUCCUCUGAUAUUGCGGAAGACCCAUUCGGCAGCGAGUUCUACGAUCAAGCCAUUGAACGACGUCGGCCUGGCCACCAGUCACCGUUUGAAGCUCUUUAUGGCUACUUUGGACCUCUGGGAUACUCCGUCAUUCGCGAUGCUGUUCGAGCAGCUGCCAACAGGUUCCGGUUGGCUCAAAGCAGCCUGAAACAACACGAGCUCAUUGAUGAGGCGUUGGUCCCUGAGGCGCAGAUGUUGUUGAUUCAGCAAGACCUUGGGGAACAGGUUGACACGCUCGACAUCCUCAAGCGUAGUGGCCCGUUUGGCGACCUGUUCCAUUCGGAUCAUUGGGACCGAACACGGGCAAUUGAUUCGGUGGAAGCCCAGGCCGCUUCUCCGACUCCGCAAUUAAUUGAGCCUCUAUUCGAGCCUCUACAACGUCUCCCUGACCCGGUUUCUGCUUCUAUCCCACCUCUCCCCUCCCCCCUUCUGCACGCAACACCAUUUCCAACACUGCAGCUGCUUGAUGGGCUUGGCGCUCUGCUCGACCGAGCAGAGGCGAUGAUUAAAGAGGAGCCACACGACGAAUCAGAGCCUCUCUCUGGAGAGCCCUUAUGCAUGUUUUGCGACGAGCCGUUUCCCACUUCGCCCUCACACGUUUUGCUCCAGCGUGCCCAGGAGCUAACGAUCAUCUCGACCCCGGAUCCUUAUCCCAGCAACCCGGGCCAUCGACAGCUUGCAAACAUUGCAGUAAGCGCCGACUUCUGUCAACGACAUCAAUUCGAGCUUCUUGAUCUUCCCCUUGCACGCAGUAAAGGUUGGCCUGAGGCUCCCGACUUCGGUGGCCUUCAGGAGCGACUGCUUGCUCUGCAAUCCACGUUGCAGGAGAUUGUCGACUGCCCUGACUUCAGUUACUUCUACAAGCUAGCCAAGGAACGGCUGGGGCAAUGGAACGGCACCUCAAACCAACUCGCAUCCACUCAUGCUCAGAUGCGGCAUCCGAAUCGAGCCAAGACGAGUACAGGCUACUAUGGCGAGAUAGGUGCUACCAUUUUUGUCCCGAUCAUCACCUUGCUAUUCCCAAAUCAGCCCCACCUCCCGCAUUGCAAGCUCGGCAUAUCAUACGACAUUGUUAUCCACGAGAUUCUCAUUCCAGAAGCGGUGUCGCGUAUCAUCCAGCACGAUCUCCAUAUCAGUGAUAUUCAAGCAAAAGCGACGAUGGAAGCGAGCUAUAACUUUGGUCGCAUAUUGCAUCCUGACUCCGAGAACAAAGCGGCGGAUGCGGUUAUGCGGUACGUGACAGAGCAGCGGCAGUCCACAAUCUACCGCCUAUGGCUUGCUUCGGGAUCGACUCUCUACCUCCCUGAAUGGGCUGCGCGUGCCGCAACGCUGCGUGCUCCGACAGUGAUAAAGUCUGAGUCGGUGGAGAUGACAGCUAUACCGCGCGAAAGCUCUGACGGGAACGAGAUUAUAGACUUAACUCUGGACUCAGAUGAUGAAGAGUAG